AUGGCCUCAAAGUUCAUCCUCCUUGCCCUCUUGGCCUUGUCAUUUUCCCGUACUCUUGCCUCCGACCCAGGCCAGCUUCAGGAUUUCUGCGUCGCUGACAGAACAUCCCAAGUUUUUGUCAAUGGAUUUGCAUGCAAAGACCCAAAGACCGCUGUGGUAGAAGAUUUCUUCUUCUCUGGCCUUCACAUGACCGGGAACACGAGCAACAAGCAAGGAUCUGCCGUGACAGCAGUUAAUGUGGCGCAAAUUGCUGGGUUGAACACUUUGGGCAUCUCACUCGCUCGUAUCGAUUUUGCACCCUAUGGUCAAAACCCACCCCACAUCCACCCACGCGCAUCGGAGAUCUUGACAGUGCUAGAAGGCUCACUCUAUGUUGGUUUUGUCACCUCGAACCCCGAGAACAGGUUGUUCUCAAAAGUUCUGAACAAAGGGGACGUGUUUGUGUUUCCGCAGGGGCUGAUUCACUUUCAGUUCAACACUGGAGACAAAGAAGCGAUAGCCAUUGCCGCACUCAGCAGCAAGAACCCUGGAGUGAUCACCAUAGCCAAUGCGGUGUUUGGAUCAAAGUCAUCUAUCUCAAAUGAUAUCCUUGCCAAAGCCUUCCAUGUGGACAAGAGAAUUGUAGAUCAUAUCCAAGCUCAAUUCUAGACAUUUAUAUUAGGUGAUGUUCUUAUCUGAUUAAUUUAUUUUUCAUUAAAGAUUAUG